UUCAAAGACAUACUGCUGUAACCUCUUUGACUGUGCUGAGGAAUUGCGUGCCGUAGCAUCUGGCAGGAUGAAAAAGAUCGAUUGCAUGGUGACAGACUCCCUGGGGACUGUGUGCGAUGGGUCCCCAGAGCACCCAGGAGCCGAGGCAGAGGAAGGCGUCCCGCCAGGCAUGGAGCACAUCCAAGUGCGCAGACGCUCCAGUCGCACCCUUCAGCUUCCCCCGCUGGUCUUCCGGCUAGCCGAGCAACAUGACUGGAGCAGCAGAGAGAGUGAGUCGAUCGCCCGUCCCACCACCCUGGCUCUGCGCAUCCCCCCGCUCAUCGCCAUCACAUCUGCUGACGCCGGCAGCCUGUGCUUUCUUUGAUGGACUCUUUAAAGAGGCACAGCUGAAGGGUGUCUC